ACCACGUGGUUCCGGCAAUGCCAAUUGCUGGUGUAGUAACGCUGGAGUUGAGGUGGUUUCUGCUACCGUUUUCUUUCAAUUUUGUUUUUAUUUACGCAAGUACAUUACCUACGCAACUUUCCUAACUACAGAAGAUGAAAAUUAAACGACAGAAAACCGCAAGAAAACUUAUUUCGUUUUAUAAACAUAACUAUGGCUUCCGAGAACCUUUCCAGGUCCUUUUUGACGGGACUUUUUGUCAAGCCGCGCUGAAAAAUAAAAUUCAGAUCAAAGAACAGAUACCCAAGUAUCUGAUGGGAGAGGUACAGCUGUGCACGACUUCUUGUGUCCUGAAAGAGCUGGAAUCUCUUGGGAAGGAAUUAUAUGGUGCCAAAUUGAUAGCCCAACGAUUUCAAGUUAGAAACUGCAGUCAUUUCAAAAACCCUGAAAGUGCCUCGGCUUGUCUUUUGUCGAUGGUUAAAGACAAUAAUCCUCAUCACUACUUUGUGGCCACGCAGGAUCCACAGUUAACAAUGAAAAUUAAGAAUUUGCCAGGAGUCCCUCUGCUGUACAUUAUACAGAACACUAUAGUCUUGGAGAAGCCUUCUUCCAAAUCAAUCGCACAGCUACCUUCACUGCACAGUCAGCAGUUUGUCCCUGUACACCAGCAGCAGACUAUCCAACAUUUGAAAGAACAGCAGGGCCUUGUGAAGGAAUCUGAACCCCGGCUGAAGAAACGCAAAAGAAAAGGAGGUCCUAAUCCGCUCAGUUGUCUUAAAAAGAAAGUGAAACCACCACAACAGCCAGCUAAUGAGAAAAAGAAAAGGAGAUCGAGGAAGAGAAGGAGAACAGCUCAAUCAAGCAACAGCGGAGUAGAAAUUUCUGUGUAACUGUGAAGUUUUUAUGAACAUUGGUCAUAAAGUUUGUAUGGAUGUUG